AUGUUGUCUAGACUAAGCCUCCGACAGACUGCGCAACCGCUGGCCCGUUCCUAUGCUACCCAGGCCAACGGUCGCGCGGGCCUCCUCGCGAAGCAUCCUGACGACGUCGUCAUAACGUUCGCCAAGCGAACGGCGUUGGGCAGAGCGAAGAAAGGCCAGCUCAAGGACGUUCCUGUCGAUGAGUUGCUGCAUGCCCUCUUUAAGGCCAGCUUUGAGAAGUCGAAGCUGAAUCCAGCGUUGUUGGAAGAUAUUUGCGUGGGAACAUGCCAUCCGCCGUCUCCUCUGUAUGUGUCUCGUGCGGCGGCGAUUGCGGCCGGAGUGCCCGUAGAGACUUCCAUUUCCACCACGAACCGGCUUUGCGGGUCCGGACUUCAAUCUAUUGUCACUAUUGCAAACGCGGUGAAGAGCGGUCAGAUUGAACUGGGGAUGGCGGUCGGGCGAUUCCUCUGUAGCCCUCGGCCUACACCCGAGAUUGUAGAACUGUUAAGUAGCAACUCGCAGUCGUCCGACUGCGUGCAGCCAAUGGGAUGGACAUCCGAACAAGUCGCGAAGGCCUUCAAUGUGUCUCGCGAAAAGCAAGACGAGUAUGCAUUGAUCUCACACACUCGUGCGGCAAAGGCCGUCCAGUCGGGUACCUUCUCGGAAGAGAUCCUGCCCUUGGAGAUCCGCGGUGCCGUGAUCUCAGUUGAUGAUACCGUUCGGCCUGGUGUCACUCUCGAUUCACUCUCCAAACUGAAACCUGUGUUCGGCGAAAACGGUUCGACUACUGCUGGGAAUGCCAGUGGCGUCGGUGACGGUGCUGCUCUCUGCUUCCUGACAACCCGUGAGCGCGCGGAGCGCGAGGACUGGGACAUUGUAGGCAAGUACGUUGCGAGCACGUUUGUCGGCGUUGAGCCGCGGUAUAUGGGGAUCUCUCCCGCGGUCGCCAUCCCGAAGGUCUUGGCCAUGACAGGCCUUUCGAAAGAAGACGUUGACGUCUGGGAGAUCAACGAAGCCUUCGCGUCGCAAUUUGCGUACUGUGUAGAGAACCUCCAGAUUCCCAUGGAGAAUAUCAAUCCCAAUGGUGGUUCUAUUGCACUCACGCAUCCACUGGGAAUGACCGGUAUCCGUCAAGUUGUUACAGGUCUCGCAGAGCUCCGUAGGAGGGGAGCGCCAAUUCUCUGCACAAGCAUGUGUAUCGGCAGUGGCAUGGGAGGGGCCGCUAUCUUCGUGAACGAAGCACGCGCGUGA